AUGUCACAAACAUUACCUCCCAGUAUAAGCGAAAGAGCUGAAACAUCUACUAUUCGUCCAACACUUACUCUUGGCAAUGAUGAUUCAAAUGCAACGCCAAAUUUUCAACAAUCUACAUCAGUCACUCCAGUAGAAAGAUCUAUACAGAAAAUUCCAAAUUUUAUUAUAUGGUCAGUAUUUAAUUUAUUAUUUGUUCCACUUGGUAUAGUUUGUUGUUAUUUUUCAUAUAUUGUUAAUAAAUAUAAAGCACAAAAUCGUUAUGCAAUGGCAAAAAGAUGGUCAAAACGUACAUUUGUAAUUAAUAUAAUAACAACAUUACUUAUGAUGGGUCUUGUUGUUACUAUUGUUAUGUUACAUUAUGAUCAUGACAAACGAACUUCACAUAACAAUGGAACAGAACCAACUUAUAUUCCAUGGCAACCGGGACGUUAA